AUGUCGCAAGCCUACUCCUACGGCCAGCAGCAGCAGCCGGGCGGCUUCUACCCGCCGCCCCAGCAGCCGCCUCCGCAGGGCGGCUACUACCCUCCGCCUCCUCAGAUGAACCAGCCCGGUUCCUACGCCCCCGCCCAGGGACCCGGCGGCUACCAGGGCCAGCCCAACGGCGCGCAGGAUAGCUACUACAAUCAGGACCACCGGCCCUCCCAGUCGGCCUACUACGGCGCGGACGCAAAGAUGCCGCUCAAGCCUGAAGGCUUCGAGGGCCAGCGCCUCGAUCCCAAGCCAAAGUGGAACGACGUCAUCUUCGCCAUCCUGUUCCUCGCCGUCUUUGCCGGCUUUGUCGCCGUGUCGGUCAUCUCGUUGCGCGGCUACGCCACCUCGGGCAUCAACGAGACUGUCGGGUCCGACGGCAAUGCCAGCUCGACCUUGAACGGGUCCACGGCCAUCAUGUGGCUCCUCUGUUGCGGCGUCGCCCUUGGCCUCUCGGUCAUCUACCUCUUCCUCGUCCGCACCUUCACCACCUUCAUCCUCGAGGCCACUUUGCUCCUCACCACGCUUGCCAACAUCGCAUACGCCGUCUACCUCUGGGUCCGCGGGUCCACCGCAGCCGCCAUCAUCUUCACCGUCUUUGCCGUCCUCUCGGUCGUCGCCUACUUUUUCAUGCGCAAGCGCAUCCCGCUCGCAAAAAUCCUGCUCAAGACCAUCAUCCGGGCCGCCGACGAAUACAAGAGCGUUUACGUCGUCGCCCUCGCCGGUUUGAUCGUCGAGACGGCCUUUUCCGCCUGGGUCAGCUACACAAUCGUGGCCAUGUACCAGCGCUUCGAGCCGUCGGGCGCUGCCGCCGGAAGUAGCUCCAGCAACAGUUCGGUCAUCGGCCUGAUGGUCUUCAUCGUCUUUGCCUACUACUGGAUCUCGGAGGUCAUCAAGAAUGUCGCCUUCACAACCGUCGCCGGCAUCUUUGGCACGUGGUACUACAACGCCUCCAAGCCCGGCAAGGUCGCAUGGGGCGCCUUCCGCCGGACGAUGACCUACAGCUUCGGAUCGAUCUGCCUCGGCUCGCUCAUUGUCGCGCUGCUGGACCUGCUGCGCGCGUUCUUCAACAUGGUACAGAGGCAGCAGGCUGCCGAGGGCGACCUGGUCGGGACCAUUCUGGCGUGCGUCGCGAGCUGCUGCGUCGCCUGCAUCCAGUCGCUGGUCGAGUUCUUCAACCGCUACGCCUACAUCAACAUCGCCCUGUACGGGAACAAGUACAUCAAGGCGGCCAAGGAGACGUGGACGCUGCUCGUCGACCGCGGCAUCGAUGCCCUCGUCAACGAUUCGCUCGUCAACAUCGUCUUUUCGUGCGGGGCCUUUGUCAUCGGCCUGCUCACCUCGCUCUUUGCCUACAUCUACCAGCAGAAGGUCAACCCGAGCUACCUUCAGCAGGACUCUGGCUACUACAGCAUCAUCCUGCUCGUCUCGUUCGGCCUCGGCCUCAACAUUGCCAUGGCCAUCGGAAGCGGUUCGAUCGCGUCGGGCGUGAGCACCUUCUUUGUCUGCCUCGCAGAGGACCCGCACCUUAUGGCCCAGCGCGACCCGCAGCUGUUCGAGGCGAUCCGGAGCCGUUACCCACACGUCAUCAACGCCGUCCAGUAG